CUCCCUCUCCCUCUCCCUCUUCCUCUGUUUUGCUGCUCUCUUCAAAUUUGCUGAACAUGGGUUGUGUUUCAUCGACUCUGCUCAACCACGACGACGAUUUCAGCCAAAUCGGAGGCUCAGCAGCACUGGGUCACCAUAUUGUCUCUCUCACCUCCACAACUUAUGGCCUCUUGACCCUCGACCCACCCUCCUCUGAUCAUUCACCCACCACCGUCCCUCCAACUCCUUCUCCUCGAUUCACCCUCGGCUCACUCUUCCCUACCCCACUCUCCCAUCCCACAACCCUGCGUUCCGAAACACCCGAGAUCAUCAACUCUUGGGAACUCAUGGCUGGUCUUGACCCCGUCAAUGACAGCUUCCGAUUCUCUCCCCUACCUUCCAAACCAUUCCCAUUUAGAGACAUCAACAAAGAAAACUCAAACCCUAAUAUGUCUGCCCGUACGCUAAAUAAAUCUAGCAUUUUCAACCCAUCAAACGACGACAUUAUUUCAACAAAAUCUUGUGUUUUAAAGUAUUCGCUAGAUGGGUAUGAAAAGCUAUGUCCGCCAAAUGGUGAAAACAAGGUCGUGAUCUAUACCACGACCUUGAGGGGAGUACGGAAGACUUUCGAGACUUGCAAUGCUGUCAGAGCAGCGAUUGAAGGACUUGGCGUUUCAAUUUGCGAGCGAGAUAUUUCAAUGGAUAGAGGGUUUAAGGAAGAGUUGAGAGAGAUAAUGAAGGGGAAAGAAAACGGAGAAUUGGUGCCGCCCAGAGUGUUUGUCAAAGGAAGGUAUAUUGGUGGAGCUGAAGAGGUUAUGAGGAUAGUGGAAGAGGGGGGUUUGAAAGAUUUGCUAGUGGGACUGCCUAAAUUGAGGGCAGGGUAUGUGUGUGAGGGUUGUGGGGGGGUGAGGUUUUUGCCUUGUUUCCAGUGUAAUGGAAGUUGUAAGAGGGUGAUGGUGGUGAAGGAAGAGUUGGGACAAAAGCAAGGGAGGACUGUUGUCGUGAGGUGCUCUGAUUGUAAUGAGAAUGGCCUGGUGCUAUGCCCCAUUUGUAGCUGAGAUCUAUCCAAUUGAUUACUACUUCCUUGCUCUUUGCAAUGUCCAAGUUAUCUGGUUGGUUUUCCAAAUCCUUAUUUUUGAGUAUAUUAUACUUUGAUGCAAGAUUGUUGUUCUGGUGAAAUGUUUGCCUCUACUUGAUUUAAG